GUACUAUAUAUCCAACGAACAAACUAAAUCUUAAAAGGUUAAACGACAAAAUUAUAAUAUUUUAAGUUCUAUUUUACGUAACGUGUAUAUGAUAUAAACCUAUUUCAAACUCUAAAUACUACAGUAAGAGAACGAGCGUGUCUAUCAUGAACAACGUUUCAUUUCGUAAUCGCAAAUGUGGCGCCACUAUCGCCGGCAUUACCAACGUUCACUAUCAUAAAAGAUCUACUUCAAGGAAAUGUUUUCUUUGAACAUCCUGUGUUUUCGUAAAUUUGUAAGCAUAGUUCAUAGUGAUCGACAAUCAUAUGCAAACAAUGCAUAUAAUAAAAUUGUAAUAUAGAAUGAUAAGUUCUUUCACGUGGUAUAUAUACCGGUUAUAAGCUUGGCGCGAAAACUUUCUUUCAAGGAGCGCGUCGGAUCCCUGGGCAUACAAUAUAGCAAGAGGAACGAAGAAAGGAAGAAAGAGAAAGAGAGAAGGAUCGAGGGUAAGGGCCAGGGGUGUCAGGGGAUCUCGAGCAACUUGGCACGUCCGUGUACAGAGGCAACAGUGCUGGUGGCAGCACAGACGCUCGUUGAUGAGCGAACAAUUCACUUUGGUGCGCGGUUUCGCGACGUUGUUUCGUCUCAUCAGUGUCGUGAAAUAAGGGUGUACGUACGUAACGAAGCGAUAAAAUGUGUCUGUGACAUUUUUACCUGUUCGCUUUUCUUAAGUUAAAACGAUCAAGUGUCGUUGCGGUGGCUUGAAGAGUUAGUGGCUGGUGCGCGCCGUGCGUGCGGUUGAUCAGAGCGUAUACCGCUGCUCUCGUCGAUUUGGUGGGAGAGUGAGAGUGAGAGGGAGGAGGGGUUUCCCGUCCUCCUCUUCUCUCGCUAAAAUCGGCCGGAUUUUUGAACAGGGAGGAAAAACGAAUAAUCACAAUACAAAAAUAUGGAGAUAUCGAAGAGUUUGCAAGAAGAAAUACUCACUGUGCAAACUAAACUGAAAAAUGCCAUACGCGAUCAUCAGAUUUGCGUGGGUAAAUUGAAGGAUGACCCAAAUAAUACAGAUAUCCUUGGUCAGAUACAAAAGAUUCACUUGCAUAUCGUAUCUUUGGGAAGGUGCCAGAAGCAAGUUGUCCAGCGACUGCGCAAAGAAGUCGAAACAUUUAAAGCGGAGAAUGCAAACGGGGCAAAAGUUUCCAUCGCAUCGCUUCUUGGCUUGAAUAACAAUAAUCAUAUUACAAAUAACAAUGAAAAUAAACUUAAGACCGGCAAUGAUUUUUCUACGAAGAAUUCGAAAGAGGACUACGAAGAGAUUGUUAGAAAUGGAGAUGUUCCUUCACCUACCCGCAAUCUCGCACCUACCAAGGAACGAUCGAGUUCAGUGGAGACAAUUUCCGGUGAGGAUGAUGUUAUUGAGGUUUCUAUGGACGAAAAUUCCAAUGAAAAAUCCGAAAAAGAAGAAUCAGAGGAAUGUAAAAUAGAGUCAACUGAAAAACUUAAUUUCUUAAAUGCUCUUGGUCUUAUUACUACUACAACAUGUGCCGAAUUACAAAACAAAAGAGCUGAAAGAAAACGUCGUAGCACUGCAAAUCCACAAUUUGUUUAUUCCAGUCUUGAAGUGCCAACGAAACGAAAACGACACUCGUACCUGCAAUCUGGAAAUGUUCCGCAAACUCGUCAAACAACCGCGCGUAUGAAUGGUCCAUCGCCACCUCCUGUAAAAGUUGUGCCACCAAAAUCCAUAUCACCACCAACGACUAGGACUGUGAUGAAAUCUUUAAUUCCGGUGCAAAAAUCCACCACGCGACCGAAUAUACUUAGAAAUGUUACGGAAAGUAAAGUUUUUCCUAAUAAAAACAAGAUUGAAAACGGACCCACUCAAAUUCAGUUACCUGUAUCUACUGUAAAGUCCGUUCAAUCGAUUGGCAACAAAGCAGUUCACAUACCAGGUUUACCUUCCAGUCUAACUAUCGAGAGGAUCAGCAGUGAUUCAGCAGUCUGCAUAAGUUGUAGAAAUCCAGGUACACUAACAGUAUGUGAAAAUUGUGCAUCAAAUUAUCACGUAUCUUGCCAUUCUGUAUCUCCGGCGCCGCCAAGAAUAUGUCCAAAAUGUGCGUUAAUAGAAGAAGAAGAAAUUGACGACGGUGACGAAGGAGAGGAAGAAGGACGUCCAUCGUUUAAAAAAGAUGAGGAAUUCGCUACAGCAACGCACACGCCAGGAAUUAUUAGGAAAGCAAGAGAAGACGCAGAGAUCUAUAAAGCGGCUUGUGGACUUCAUAAAACUGAUGCAACUCAGAAAAAGCGGGGAUUCUCCACGUCCCUCGGCAUCAGUCAGCUUCCCUCCUCAACCUUCCUCAUCCCAAUCUCCUCCAAUAGCGUCAACCAGUCGGAUGUUGGGCCUACCACAAUCAGUAGCGACCAUCGAGAAAAUUCCGUGCCCUACUCCUCCAUUGUCCUCAACCAGUUGCCCCGAUCGAGUAUCGCCUAUGUCGACAGAGCAGAGCCUCAAGUGUCCUAUGCCUAUCAGUUACCAGUCACCAGUGUUCAAUCAGAAAAGCAUCAGUCAUACCUUAUCGUUAAAAAAAUCACAGAACCAGCUAGAAGAACAAAUCAGUCUUCCGAAGACCAAAAUCAUACCACAAUGCUCAAUUAUAAACUGCCAACCACAUCAGGCUACAACUCUUGCAUUCAGACCGAAAUCUCUGUCUCCGACUCCUCUAUGCUCAUCGGAAAACAAUUGUCUGACGCCGUCGGUCGUAACCGUAAAAAGCAAAACCGUGCAGUACCCGCCCUCAAUCGUAUCAUCGACACAGAGAACCUCUCCAUCACGGCCAAAUAUCAAUUGGAACGAUCAACUUUCAAUGGAAGAAAAUCCAGAUCCAGGCAGCCAAGAAAUAAAUUCGGUAUCAAUCAACUGCGAUCUGCCAGAGCAACAGAAAUCCUACUGCCUUCCUACGAUAGUACAGAACCCGAUAAGCAAUUACAAAUUACAAAGUCAACCGAGCCAGAUGAAGCAACCCUGUUCAGUAGUCGUCCAAAGUAUAGGCCAAGAACCGGUGGUCUUCUCCACUCAUUGUUCUCAGGCCAUAACAAGUCCUAUAUCCUCACCGAUAAUUCUCGAGAACCACGAGACAUCAGCGCAACUAACAAAGAUUUCUCAGUCGGUCGGCAACAGUUGUAUCAUCAAAGCUACCAACUGGAAUCAGGUGAACGAAAUGAACCUACGGUCCAAUUACAGCGUGGUGCCCUCACAAAAUUCUUCGAGCACGUGAAAUUGGAAGAAGCGCAUAUACCAGCGCCAUCUAGAGCAAAGCUAGUAUACAAAAGCGGUACUACUUCCGAAAGGAAUGAACUUGAAGUUACAGAAAUUACGGAUGAAGAUACAAAUAGUAGUGAAUAUGUCACUAAAACAUCCUUGUCAUCUGGCAAUUUCGAAGAUGAUUUCGUUGAUCGAGAAGUUAAACAAAAUAAUUGGCUCUCGAGCAAGAUUGUGAUGAAGAAAGGACAAAAAAACGAUAAUGUUAUCAAAAAUGUUGAAUCAGUUGAUUCCGCUACGAAUUCGACAAAAUCGAACGAUUAUGUUACUUAUGAACGUAAACAUGGCAAUACAUAUGUGAGAGUCGAAUGUGAACCUGACGAAGAUGAAGACGCAUUGACUGAUACGUUUCAAGCCGAUGUGACUUAUACGAGACGCAUCGGAUCUCUCACAGAAAUUGUACCAGAGAAUCGGAAGGAUCGACAAGAUUCAGCUUCUCUGUGUAACGCACAAAACAAUUUCUUGGAGCUUCGUAACGAGGUCUCAGUUCCUGAUGAUAAGGCUGAUUCCGAGAGACAAGACUUAUCUAGUGGCAGACGUUCGACCAGCAGCAGCAGCAAUAGCAGUACAAGCGACAGCGAUACUCCGGAACAAGCAAUGAACGACACUAUUAAGUACUCACGACGACGAUUAUCUGGAAACGAAUACAAGGAACGUCUGGGCAUUAAUGCUGUAUCUCCGGAGAGUAUGCAAGUGCUCGAGCAAUUUGAAUCAGCUAUGCUGGAAACAGGUUGUAGCAAUGCUGCCACUUGCUAGAGUUAGAUUAGAAUGCGAUAUUAAUUCGCUGAUUAUGCUCAUUGCUGAAAUUUUUUCCUUUCGUCGAUGAAGUUGAUCAUUUCUUAAAUACUAAGUUUUUUUUGUGUGACAUACGUUAAGUUUGAAGAAAACAAAAUAGUAAUAGUUUCGCGAUAAAUUCGAAUCCGUACACGUUUAGGACGGAUUAGAUUAUUCGUAAUCAUUACUAAGGUUCAUAGGCAGUCACUAUUUUCUAUACUGCCUCGAGAAAUAUUGCAAUCGUUCUCGUAUCAAUGUUCCCACGGUAGCGAUGAUAAGUAAUAAUAAUCAUUACGAUACUUUAGGAGAAUGAUUGCCUCAUAAUGAUUAUUUUAUUAAUUUUGUUAGCCAUUCGUUUAUUUAUUGAUUGUUGUUCAUUAGAUUUUUCUCGAUCUUUUCUUAGUAUUUAACGAUUGCGCGAGGACCAAGUUUGAAUUUCUUCCAAUUUAAUAAUAAUUUGAUGACAGAAAUUAAUCAAAAUUGUGAAUUAUUUGUGUAACAUUACACAAAUUUAUAUAUUCAGAUUGUUAGUUCAGGAAUAUGAUGAAAAUUGAUGAAUAAUUAUGCAUACUAAAAUUAUGUAAACAUUUUAUUGAGUUUUAAAAUGCUUUAAACUUUAUUUCUUUGAUAUUUUCUCGAUGAAUAGGAAACACGCACAUAUCUGACAGAUACUGAGCGAUUUGUGAAAGGCUUAAAGCCUAUGUAUGUAAGUCGAGUCAUAUUACCAUACUGCCUUAAUAGUAAUUUAAAAAUGAUACUUUUUACGAUAAUUUCUUAUGGAUAAGCUCGAGAAACGUGUACAUCUCAAUAGACUGAUUUGAAUGUCGCCAUAUUGAAAUUAAGAAGAAUGAAGAGGAAGAAAAGAUAAUCAAAAAGCGUUACCGUAAUCGGAUACAUACAUAGAUGUAAGGUUGCGUGUACGUUAGGUAGAUAAAACGUUAUUGAAGUAAUUAUUAUUUUAAUUUUAUGAUUCAGAUUUCUUAUAAAAUGAAGAUAAAA